AUGCCUUCUUGGAAAGUAGCACUCGUCGCCGCGACCGCAGCCUUGGGAGCAAACGCUGCAACCACCAACUACACCAGCACCACGAAUCCCACAGAGAUCAGCAUCCCUGAUAUCCCCCAGACAACAUCGUACGAUGUCAACACCGAGUGCCAGUACUACAAUUCAGAGUACUCCAACUACGAUAAAACUCUGUGGCCUAACUCCUGGGAGAUUGCUACCUCUAACAAUAUGAACACCAGCAAGGAGUUCCAGGAUUUGUAUAACUCCAUCGACUGGACAAAGGCGCCGAAAAACAUCCUGCCUAGAAAGUUGGGUGCCGGUGGUGGCCUCGACAUGACCAGCUACAACACCGCUGAAGAUCCUGACUGUUGGUGGAGUGCCAGUGGCUGUAUGACGCCCAAGGCCUCUGGCAUCAAUGCUGACAUCUAUGAGUGCCCUGAGCCCGAAACCCUCGGUCUUACUUUCGAUGACGGUCCCAAUUGCUCGCACAAUGCUUUCUAUGAUUACCUCUUACAAAACAAGCAAAAGGCAUCCAUGUUCUACAUUGGCUCUAACGUCUUGUCCUGGCCCUAUGGCGCUCUCCGUGGUGUCAAGGACGGCCAUCAUCUUGCUGGUCACACCUGGUCUCACCAGCUCAUGACCACCUUGUCCGACAAAGAAGUCCUUGCCGAACUUUACUUUACCACCAAGGCCAUCAAGUAUGUAACCGGCUUGACUCCUCUUUACUGGCGACCUGCCCAAGGUGAUUUGGAUGAUCGUGUCCGAUGGAUCGCUACCCAGCUCAACUUGACCGCUAUCCUCUGGAACAUUGAUACCGAUGACUGGGCUGCUGGUACCAUGCCUGGCAUUACUGCCGAGACUGUCGACCAGAACUACAAGAACUUCAUUGAGAUGGGCAAGAACGGCACUUUUGCCAACAGUGGUGCUUUGAUUCUUUCUCACGAGAUUAACAACCAGACCAUGGAGUUUGCUAUCCAGCACUAUCCCGCUCUCAAGGAAGCCUACACUCACGUUAUUGAUGUGGCUACCUGCAUGAACAUCACCCACCCCUACGUUGAAGAAAGCAUUACCUUCCCCACCUUUGAGCAGUUUGCCAAGUCGGGUGCUGGUAGCGCUACUGGCUCCGGUGUUGAGCCCGCAGCCUCGGGCACGGCUGACAGCGCUGGCUUCUCAAUCCACUCGCUCACCAACGGUCCAUUGUUCAUUGCUGCCUUGUUUGCUGUUCUUGUCUUUGCUUAA